UAGAGAGCAACAGAGGAGAGGAUUCAGCACCACAGACACCAGCUCAGAGACAAGCAGAGGUGGACCUGUACAAGCCCUUUGCACACACUCAGAGAUCACCUGAGAACAGAGCAACAACACAAGCCUGCCUGAACACUCAGGAGAGUGGGAGGGCGUGUAUCAGUGGACCAAGCACACAAUUUGUGACGGGACCUUAUUGGAGAGCAGAGGAUUUCUGUGUCAUACUACAGCGACUGUGUGCUUGUGUGUGUAUGUGGACGUGUCAGUGUGUGUGACAAUACCAGGCAGGAGUUCUGCUGGAUGAGCAUAGCUGGGCGAGAUGAGUUUGGACCCUGUGCAGGUCAUGAAAGGCCAGGAGCCCACAGCAAUCCCAACCCCCACCACUUCUAAUGGCGACAGCAAAGGAUCAUGGGAUAGCAGCAAGGAUGUUUAUGAGCACAAAGGUUCUACCAAGAAACCAAGAUCAGCGCCGGUGAGACGUGCCAGGAAGGUGGAAGGAGGCAUUUUCUUUCCCAAACCAGAGAAUGCAGUGACUAUUGCAGUGUCAUCACGGGUGCUCUUCCGCACAGAGAAAGAGCAAAAGGUGUUUGACCAGAUGGGAGUGGAAGAGUAUCUGCGAUAUCAAAUGGAGCAUGAGAAUGAGCCUUUUGCCCCGGGGCCUGCAUUCCCAUUUGUCAAGGCCCUGGAUGCCGUGAAUACUAAGCUGCGUGAGCUUUAUCCUGAAAGUGAAGAACUCUUCGACAUUGUCCUGGUCACCUAUAACCAUGCCCAUGUGGGAAUUAGACUCAUCAACACCAUCAAUUACCACAACCUGUUUAUUGAACGCUUCUGCAUGACUGGGGGCAGCAGCCCCAUUGGUUACCUGAAGGCAUGGCACACCAACCUCUAUUUGUCAGCAGAUGCUGAAAAAGUGAAAGAGGCCCUGGCUGAGGGCAUUGCAGCUGCCACCAUGUUCAUGCCAGAGAAGCAGACUGAGGUGUCUGAGACACAACUGAGGGUAGCAUUUGAUGGAGAUGCGGUUCUCUUCUCUGAUGAGUCAGAACGCAUCUUUAAAGCUCACGGUUUAGACAAGUUCUUUGAGCAUGAGCGAGAAAAUGAAAAUACACUUCUAGAUCAUGGUCCACUGAAGGGUUUCCUGGAGCUUCUGGGGAAGCUCCAAAAGAAGUUCUAUGCAAAGGGUCAUCGCUUGGACUGUCCCAUACGCACCUACUUGGUGACAGCACGAUCUGCUGCUAGCUCUGGGAUCCGUGCCCUGAAAACACUCCGAGCCUGGGGCCUGGAAACAGAUGAAGCACUGUUUCUUGCUGGAGCACCAAAAGGCCCAAUGUUGGAGAAGAUACGGCCACACAUCUACUUUGAUGACCAAAUGUUCCAUGUGGAGGGAGCAGCAGAAAUGGGCACGGUUGCAGCACAUGUGCCCUAUGGUAUUGCUCAAAAACACCCCCACAAAAAGAGCUCCAAUCCCUCUAAGUAGCAGGAGCAGGGUGUACAUGUAGAUACCACAAGAGGCUUGAGUGAAGCUACUACACCCAGAUGGUUGGAUGAAGUUUGUGUGGCCAACUUAGGUGAAACAUUCUGGACACGUUGAUUUCUGGGGAGCACUUUGUGGGAAUGACUGUGAAACUCUCACACGUUAUUUUUUCAUUUUAAAUAGCAAACAAAAAACAUGCAUGCCUCCAUGUUGCUGCUCAAGUUUUUCAGAAAUACUAAUAGUUUAUUUUUCAACAGAUACGGACAGGGGAUUCUUUCUUAUGUGAUGAAAGGCUAAAUUUAUCAGUUUGUUGGGUGUUAUUCUGAGUAAAUGCAAUGCAUUGAUCUCACCAAGUCAAAGGUAUAGUACUUUAUUAAUGUACAUACAAGUACAUAAUCUCUUCUAUUAAAAAACAAUGUAUUCCUCUUCUCAAACUGAAUCUUCACUGGGAGGUUUAUUAUAACAUAUUUUUGCUAUUAGAUAGGGUAGGAUUUACUGUUUUUAUUACAGUGCAUGAGUUUACCUGACUUUAAGAGCCAGAUGAUUGAUAGAAAGUGCCUGCAUAUUUUUCUAUGCAGUGGUCUGACACCACUUUCCUUAUAUGUGUGUAUUAAGCCAUAGUCGGACUCGUAUUUUUAUUGUGUAAAACAGUGUACUAUUGUAUGAUUUUUUUUUUUUAAACCAGGAAGCAUUAUUUUUCUAUUAUAGUAAAAUUAACUUGAGUGUUGUGUAUGAGCUAUGCAAGUAGAAAAAAAACUGAACACUGCUUGUUGUAAAAGCUUCCCUUAGAUGAAAACAAAAUUAUGAAAGCAUAUACCGGUAUGUAGCAUAAUUCAAAUGGCAAUGCAAUUUGCAAUUAAAUAAGAGUAUGAAUUAUGCCAUUGACAAUUCAUUAUGCAAUGUAAUAAUGCGAUUUGAAAGUACAUUGUACAAAGUGUAUCUUAAUAUGCAAAGUGGCUAUGAAAAAUGUGUUAUUUUUAUUCAAAUAUAGAAUAAAGGUGGAUUGAAAUGGAUUCCAUUUUGCCAUGGUACUUCAGUCUUAUAAUUCAAAUGUCAAUUAAUUUCGCAAUUUGAUAUUCAGUGUUCAAUAUGGGCUUGCAUUUUGUUAAUAUAUUUUGCAAAAGUGACAAUGCCACCCUGAAACCAUUCUGGAAUGGUUGGAAUGCAUAGAAUGCAUUUCAAUACAUCUUUAUUUUUUUUUUAAUCAAAAGAAUCCAAAUUAUAUUGAGGAUUUUAUAGCCAUUUUGCAUGUUAAAAUACACUUUGUACAACGUAUUUUCAAAUUACAUUAUUACACUAGCACUGCAAAUUGCAAAUUGCAUUGUCAUUUAAAUUAUGCUACAUAUGCUUCCAUACAAAAUGAGCAACACUGCAAAGAGCUAGAUUAAUGUACUGUCUUUUCGACACCUUGCUGGCAAUGUUUUCCAUCCAAUUUUAUUUAUUUAAAUUUUCUUUCUUUAUUUAUAGUGUCGAAAACAAUAAAUAUUGAUGAAAAAAAUUAUUGUAAAGAA